UAUAAAAACGUUAUUACUUGACGCUGGCUAAUGCACAAAACGUGCCAGAGCCAAAAAUAAAGAAGAAGAAGAAGAAAAUAGCAAUGAAUUUGUAAAAUUUCGAAACAACAUGUUGACUUAUCGUAAAAAGAAAUAAUUAAAGUAGCGCAGUGGCGGGUUGCGAGCAGGGCGCGUCGGGUGGCGGUCGACCCGCAGAUACUAUCCGACGCGUUAAAGUCAAAAUGUCGUCAGUGUCAGCACAAGGAGUAGUAGAACGCGCCUCGGCAGAGCUCUCUCGACGGAUCACUGGACUGGGGUUGCGCGGCCGUAAGCGUUCCCCCAGUGUUGUGGAGCGUAUGGCCAAUGCACUCUGUGGACCUGCUGCGCCCGCACCCCCUCGCGUUCCGCGCCGCCGGCGACCCUCACCGCGACCUCUUCUUUGGAAUCAAUUUAUUUUGGAUGACAGAUUUUUAGAAAAGUUUUUUUUGUUUUUUAAUUCUGUUGACAGGAGAACCCUUGCACAGGUAUGCACUCGAUGGCGCGAUAUAUUGUACUCAUCACCACGAUGGUGGACGGGCUUGAUAGCGGUGUUAGAUUGUCGGGAACUACGUAUAUCUACCGGGUGUUGCAUGCAGCGUUUCUACAAUUCGCUGAUGAGAAGAGGUAUUCGUGGUGUCGUUUUAAUAUCUGCUUCGGAUGAUGAUAUUAACGAAUUCAUUAGACAGUUCCCCUUGUCGGCUCAUCAUGUCCAUGCUAUUGGCUUAAAAGGGUGUACUAUAACAGAUAGGGGGCUCGAAGCUAUUUUGGAUCACUUACAAGUACUGUUUGAGUUAGAACUAACAGGAUGUAAUGAAAUAACAGAAGCCGGAUUAUGGGCAUGUCUAACACCUCGAAUUGUAUCACUCACGCUUACUGACUGCAUUAACAUAGCUGAUGAGGCUGUUGGAGCUGUCGCACAAUUGCUUCCGUCCCUGUACGAGUUCUCAUUGCAAGCCUACCACGUCACGGAUGCAGCCCUCGGUUACUUCUCUCCAAAGCAGAGCGCAUCGCUGAGCGUCCUGCGUCUGCAGAGUUGCUGGGAACUCACCAAUCAUGGUGUUGUUAAUAUCGUGCACUCGUUGCCGAACCUGACGGUGCUGUCGCUGAGCGGCUGCAGCAAGGUGACGGACGAGGGCGUGGAGCUGCUGGCGGAGAACCUGCCGCGCCUGCGCAGCCUCGACCUGAGCUGGUGUCCGCGCGUCACCGACAGCUCGCUCGAGUACAUCGCCUGCGACCUCAACCACCUCGAAGAGCUCACUCUCGAUAGAUGUGUGCAUAUAACGGACAUCGGCGUGGGGUACAUCAGCACCAUGCAGACCCUGGUGGCGCUGUACCUUCGCUGGUGCUCGCAGCUGCGAGACUUCGGCGUGCAACAUCUUUGUACCAUGCGGUCUUUACAGUGUCUGUCCUUAGCAGGUUGUCCGCUGCUGACGUCCGGAGGACUCUCGAAUCUGAUACAGCUGCGGCAGCUUCGCGAGCUGGAGCUGACCAACUGCCCCGGAGUCUCUCCGGAACUUUUUGACUACAUACAUGAACAUCUUCCUAAAUGCGUUAUCAUAGAGUGAGAUGAGAUUCCUUUCUUCUCAAACUAUGUCGUCGGUCUGAAAUGUAACAUUGCAAUAAAAUUGAAUUUAUAUUAAGUAAAUUAAUUAAGUAAAGAGAAAGUUAUAUAUGAAAAUGAUUUGUUUACGCUCAGUUCGAAUUGCACCUGGAGAAUUUACGUUUAUUGAGUAGUCGUGAUGUAGAUAGUGACAUUUAAAAUAUUUAUUCUAUCGACAACGUGAGUUGUUAUAUAAAAGUUUGUGAAAUAUUAACGUUGCUCAUUGGUAUUGAAGCAUUUAUAUUUUGUUCGGAUGUUUUUAUUUUAUUUAAAAUAUAGCGAAAGAAUAUAAAAAUGUGAAAAUGAUCACUGAAUUCCAAUAUUGUAUUAUUAUUGUUUUACUAUAAAUUCAGUUGUUAAAUAAUUUAGAAAAAGUGUCUUAUCAAGUGCAGGCCUGUCGCGUGACUAAGAUUUCGCUACCUGUGAGGAUAUAGGGCGCCCAUCCGUAUUUUCUACAAUACUUAUUGUCCAGUUAAAAUCAAACAAUACUAUUAUAUCUGAAUUGAACAGAACAGAGUGACACUUUGUUUUAUGGAAAUUGUUAAAUAUGAUCUUCACGUGUAACACAUUAUAGCGAUUAAAAAUAUCGAGGGAUGUAAGGCUAUUUGGUUUAAGCGACAUUUCGGUUAAUACCCGACAUUUAUCUUUGUAAUUAAAGGUGCGUUUUAUUGUGUUAUUAGUAUCGUUAGUAUCAACAAUACUUCAAUUAAGUCUACUCAAUUUAAAUAGCUGAAGAUUUAAUUUUGUUAUAUUUUUGCCCAAUUUAAUUUAAACCUUAAAUGGCUAUCCUGGAAAGUUGCCAAAAUUUCGCUUAAAAGCAAAUAGCCUUUCACCCCUCGAUAUAUUCGUAGUGUAUGUAGUAAGCACAGCACCGAAAAUAAUAUGAUGACGACUUCAAUACAAGUAUCUCGUAUAGUGAUUCAAGAAGUUAACACACUUAUACUACGUUUAUCUAUGUUGUAGUUGUUGGUCUGUUUAUGAUUUUUUACAAUCUAAUUUCAGUAAUUGGCUUAAUGUAGAUACAGUAUAACUAUUGGCUAUUGUUUGAGGAGUCCUCAUGUAGUUUUUUCAUGUUUUCAUCUGUAUUGGACCGAAUGUCACUGACAAUGCUCUUCUCGACUGGACCUGUAAAAUAGCCACGAACGACAGGCCUGUACUUAUUUUACAUUAGACAAAUAAUUUUUGUAUAUGUACAGUUAAAGCUGUAAUGUUUUUGUAUUAUGCUAAGUUUUGAUAAUUCGUUUAUCAUAUUUUUUUGUUUACAACGUUUGUUUGUGCUACGAGUUUGCUCAAAUUCAUUUAAGAUCGGAAAAGAAUCAUAUUUUUUAAGUUCGCUCAUUUAUUGCAUGUUGUUUAAAGUAUAACAUCCAUAAAUAUUAAUAUAUUUAAGAGACACAGUGUUAAUCAGUAAUUUACAUAAAAAAGUUAAUUUUGUCUUACACAGUUAAGGGCAGACUUCGAUAAAAUCCAAAAGCAUUGUAAUGAAUACCAAUAAUACGAUUGCGCCUUUUUAUUCAAAAAAUAUUGUAAGUGAUGUAUUUUCUGUACCGUGAAUAGCUUACCUAUGUUCCCUAAUCUAUCUAAUUUGCCGUUUUUUGUUUUACGAAACUAUCGGUUCGUAAAUUCGUAUUCGCGUUGCUAAUUACUGGAGUUACUAUUUUAGUAACAUGUAUAUUAUGGUAUUAGACUAAAAUAAAUCUAUAUAUUUACUAAAAAAAAAAAAACAAAAAAGAGUAAUUAAAAAAAAAGCCAAAAUAUCUGUGAACCCUGCUUUAACUCUUUCUUUGGUAGUGAUAAUCGGCUUAGUUACUUGAAUUUUAUUCUUCUAAUCUAGUCAAAUAGUAUUUAUAUCAUAAAAAAGUGUUGUGGUGUUCGUGUCUUAUGACUUGCAAAUUCAUCACAUUCCUUUGACAUUGAUACUUUUAUUGUAUGCACAUUUAAUGCAACACAUCUUUCAUAAAAAAAAAAAAAAUUAAUCUUUCAAAGACAUUCGAUUCGAGUACAUUGAAUAUCAAAACAAUUAUUUUGUAAAAACAUUUUAUUACCAAACCGUCCGUGUGUAAUUAAUAAUAAUCUAGUUGUAAAUACAACUCAAUUCGUAAUAAGAUUAAAAUUGUCGAAACUAAAAUAAGUACACUAAUUAUAAAAUUAUCAUUUUGCCGGCUAAUAAUUUCAAACAAGAACAUAAAACAGGUUAUGUAACUAGCCGAAGUGUUAAUACGCAUUUUUUUAAACACAGCAGAAUCCAUGAUCCUAGCGAUAAUUUCCAAGAUUCCAGACUACCGCUUUUAUUUAUCAUCCCGUAUUAGCUUAGUAGCCGACUACACUUAUACCCUAAAGGGGGUGUGUUAAAUUUAUGAUGUGAAAAGAGAAAGCAAAAAAAACACUCUUUCUUGAUUUCUUAACAACUUAAUAAUUGCGAUUAAAACUGUUUAUCGGCGUCACUGCCAAAACGUCGAGAAUAAUAAUAAUAUGAAAAUAAACAACGCCAUGUUACUACGGCUAUGUAUGAAGACACACAACGCACUAGCUGAAGGCAUACAGUACUGACAGCGAGCGUGUUAACAAUAAUCUCGUAAUAACAAACCUUUACAUGGCAUUAAUGUACAAAUAAUGUUUAAAAGUAUGAAUAUAGCAGUUUAUAGCAAUUAAGCUGAAUUAUUAUAAUGUCUGCAUAUUGAAAUAUAGAAACGACGAUCAUGAAUGUAUUUAAAAGUUUAUGUAGAAGAACACUUGUAGAAGUAUUGAAAUAAAGUUGCCUUUUAUCUUGUAGGAAAAUAAAUCGUCUAUGGUUACUUAAUACUAUCGAAUUAUUUAAAAUAUUUCUAUUGAUUUCACAUCACAAAGUUUAGUGAAAAGUUAUAGUUUAAAAUAAUAUCCACCAAACGUCUAAAUAAACUCAACCAUAGAUGAUAAACUACUAAUAUGUACAUAAUACAUUUCUAUUAAGAUUAAUAACAAACACUUUAACAUUUAAAUUUGUUAUAAUAUCUGACAAUUAUUUACAUUAAGUCUGUGUGUUGUAUGUUUAAAAUGUUUUUUUGAUAAAAAUGAAUGUCCUAUUCAGAAACAUUCGAUUUAUAUUCGAUGUGUAUUAAACAUAAUUGUUUGGUGUUUGUAUAACUGCAGCAUAUAUGUACAUUAUUUUCCUUGAAUCUGUACAAAUAUAGUAAGUAAUGUUGGAAAUACAUUUUAUAACAAUUUAAUAUUGUAACAGUCAAUUGAUUUUUGUUAUUUUAGGUUGAAUGUUAAUAUAAAUUUAAUUGAAUGCACCCGCUAGAUAUUCGGCUCAGGUCAUCGUGCCAUGUUUGUGAAUUUUGAGUGUUUUAUGUCACUAUAUUAUGUACAAUUAUAAGUGAGAUGUUACAGUGCAAUAUAGAUGUAUUUGUUUUAUAAAA